CGCCCUUUCAAACAGCAGCAGGAGGAAGUUCAAACAAACCGCGAGGAAGUCCCCCCUACGAGCGCCAUUGAACAUACAUCAAUCAACGUCAUUCUCUUCAGCACGCUGGCAAAGGACUUCUACCAGUCUGUCAGACCAGGGAUGUGGUCCUGUUGGCAGGCUUGUACAUCAGAAAAUCUUUCUUAAGAGACAACCUACCCUCCGUGUCACCUGGAAAUGGAAGGUGAUGAUGCCAGUGGUUUAGUUUGUCCCUCGGCCGCCCCCUCCCGGGCCCCCCCUGCUGUCAUAUCUGAGGCCAAAUACACGUAUACUCCAUUAAACGCACUGAAGCACUUGACGGUGGUGAACGUGUACGGUGUGGUGACCUUCUUUAAACCGCCUUUCCCUUCUAAGGGCUCAGAUUACUCUUCCAUGAUAAAGAUCACGGACCAAUCUGAUACCAAAGUAUGCUGCAAUAUCUUCGCUAAAAACCUGGAGGAUCAUCCAGUCAUCCUCAAAGUCGGAGACAUUAUCAGGCUCCACAGAUUUAAGACAGAGCGGUACAAAGACUCCAUGACGCUAAUAACCUCCCGUGGUUGGUCCGCCGUGACAUUCGAUGGAAUUAUCGACAGCCCUGUGGUGCCUCGUUCCACCAGCAAAUCCUUUCACUUUGUAGAAUCGGAAAAACGUAGAGUGCAGGAGCUUCGCCAGUGGGCGGCCGACCAGUCCGUGUUCUCCAAUGAUCUCACUGUCCCUCUCUCUGUGGUAAAGCCGUGUAUGUACUUCAAUCUGACCUGCCAGCUGCUGGCAAAGGCAGUCAUGGAUAGCCGUUGCGUCCUGCUGAAGGUGUGGGACGGGACCAAGUGUCAACAUUCGCUGUUAAAUGUUGCUGUCCCACCCGACUCUGUAGAGGGAGAAUCCACCGUCGCCAAAGACAGGAUGAACCUGACAGCAAAUGUUCUGGUGUACGAUAACCACAUUGAUGUAGCUCGAAGCCUGAAGCCUGGGAUGUUCCUGCGCAUCUUCAACCUUCAUGCAUUCGCAAAGAGCCCAGAUGAGCAGUCAAACCAAACAGAGCAACUGGCUUUUCACCUUCAUGGGGGCACGAUGUAUGGACGAGGUCUGAGAAUCAUUCCUCAAGAUUCCCAAGAGCUUCCGCCUUUAAAGAGACAGUUAGAGAAUCAUGUUGACCUGGAGGACGAUGAUGAAGUGAAUGACGACACUCUUUUGGAGAUGUGGUACACUCCACCGGAGUCUGUAGUCAUGCGAAAUGAUGAAGAACCAGAUGGAGAGGCGGAUGAGGAUACUUCUUUUACAGUGCGAACAUGCCAGCACACAUUGCAGCGUGUCACGCUGGCACAGGUGAAGCACUCAACAACCCCCCUGGUGUGUCACGUCCGUGCACAGGUGCAGACGUACCAUCCCCAACAGCUGUACCAGUGCCUGAAGCUCUUCUGCUCCAAAUGUAAACUAAUGAGGGAGGUCCCAGACGACAACACAAUUGCUGAACUCUUCUGUGAAUCUGCAAGAAGCUUCCAGCCUUGUCACGAGCCCUGGGCCGCCCUGUCCUCUGCGAGUUUAUCAAAACAAGGCAGAAACAUCGCAAUGCACAUAUCUAUUGACAUGGUGGGGAACAACACUCAGAGCCAGCUCAUCUUUGUCCAGGGGAUGACCCUGAAUGAGGUUUGCAUGCUUUCACGAGAUCACAAAAACCUGGUUCCUGUGAGAUCAGACAAUGGCAGGAUGAAUCUGAUAGACCUCACCGCUCCCUUUCUCUUCUGCAAAGAUAAAAGAUAUUACGGGUGUAAAGAGUGCUCUUUAAACACUUUGGAGAACCCUGUGUUUACUGGAGUGGAGACCUGGGAUGAACAUACGGUUGCAGAAGCUCUUGGAGUUCAGCUAAUGGAGUACAGACUGUUAAUGGAGUUUAAACUGGAGGACCACACAGAGGCAUUAGAGGCACUGCUGUGGGAGAGGAAUGCUGAGAGGUUCUUCAGUGUUUCUGCUGUCGACGCUUCAGCAAAACAGGAUGUGCAGGAGAGGAUUCAGACUAUCAUGGACACACUUCAACCACAAGGAAGCAAUAUUGAAGAACGUCCGUUUCUGGAUCUUUGUCUUUCCGUCUACACUGUGAAAGACAAUGGCAGAAAUCGAGUUUGCUACCAAAUCACAGAUACAAAAGUGAAAGAAGUUAACUAAAGGAAAGUAAAGAAAUUAUAGAGGCACUCCUGCAGUAAUACAGUGAGGUUAAUAAUAAGAAAAAGUGGAAAGUUAUCAUUUCAAAAAUGUUUUGUGUGAAGAAAUGUAAAUAUAUUUUUGUGACCAGAGACAUCAAAAUAAAGCAUUUAUAAACAUUGUAUUUAUUUAACCGCUCAUUAGAUUUUUUUUCUUCAUUAUUUAUAGAUUGUCUCUGUCACUUGGUAAAUUGAAAUAUAUUCUAUAAAGAUGAAUAUACAUUUUUAAUGCCUAUUUUUUCAGCAAUAAAAUAUUUAACCAGA